AUCGCUAGGCUCUGGCCGGGAUUGGAGCACGAGUGACGAGGGGGCGUGAUUGUAUGACGUCAUGUCCGCUUUUCUCUUCCCCUCUCCAACCUCCCUCUUUCGUACACUCCUAGGAGUCCCGAGCAGGCUGGCGGUGCCUGGACCCCGCUCUGCCCGCAACCGCUGCCAGAGCUCGAGCUCCGCGUCCCUGGCCGGGAUCAGUGGGGGACCCGAAGACGGGCCCAGCACCCAAUGCCAGGUGACUCUGCCCUGGCCCCAGAGGAGAUGGUCCCCGGGCUCCUGUCAGCUGGGACCCCCCAGGAAUCGGUGACCUUCAAGGAUGUGGCUGUAGAUUUCACCCAAGAGGAAUGGAUGCACCUGGACUCUUCUCAGAAGGAAUUUUACCGGGAUGUAAUGCUGGAGAACUAUAGCAACCUGGUCUGUCUGGGGCUUGCAUUUUCCAAACCAUAUAUCAUCUAUCAAUUGGAGCGAAGGGAAGCGCCGUGGAUUCCAGAAGGAGACAUAACAAGGAUUAGCCAUCCAGAUUGGGAAAUUAAGUAUGAAUCCAUGGAGUCUGUUCCAAAACUAAGUAUUUCAAUGGAAGAAUCAUCCCAGGAAAUAUUUGAGAAGAAUGAUCUCCUUUCCUCAUUGGGAGAAUCCUUGGAAUGUAACACUAAGUUAGAAAAUCAUGUGAGGAAUGACAGGCAACAUUUCUGGGAAAUCAAAAUCACCCAAGAAAAACACUCCAAUAAGUUUAGAGUCUAUGAAAAUAAUAGUUAUUGCAGAAGCUUUAAUCUAGGGCCAAUUCUUUUCCCACAGCAGAUAGUAGGAAAGAAUCAGAGCACAUGUGACACACAUGGAGAAUACUUCAAACUGCAAACAGAUGGAAGAAAAUAUAGUAGCAGGUGCUCAAAUAAAACAUUAUCUAAAUACAGGAAAUGCCUUAUGUAUAAUUCAGCCUUUAUUGACAAUGGUGGAAUAUGUAUUACAGAGAGGCUUUAUGAUUGUAAUGAAAGUGAGAAGACUAACCCAAGGAAAGGAUUUUCCAUUUAUGAGAAAAUUCAUACUGGAGAGGAACUUUAUGAAAAUAAUAAACUUGGGAGCACCUUUUGCCUCAGAAUGGAAAUUCCUGGAUAUCAAAAUAUUCUUACUGGUGAAAAACCUCAUCAGUGUAAUGUAUGUGGGAAGACCUUUCGGCUAAAAGCACAACUUAACCAACAUCAGACCAUUCAUACUGGUGAAAAACCAUAUAAAUGUAAUGAAUGUGGGAAGUCUUUUCGACUAAAAGGACAACUUAAUGAACAUCAGAAAAUUCACACUGGCGAGAAACCAUAUAAAUGUAAUGAAUGUGGGAAGGCCUUUUGCAGGCGUUCAAAUCUCACUGAACACCAGAGAAUUCACACUGGUGAGAAACCUUAUGAAUGUAAUGAGUGUGGCAGGGCCUUCUGCCUGAGCGCAGCUCUUACUAAACAUCAGAGAAUACAUACUGGUGAGAAACCUUAUAAAUGUGAUACGUGUGGGAAAGCCUUUAGACUUAAAGCACAGCUUAAUCAGCAUCAGUCAAUUCAUACUGGUGAGAAACCAUUUGAAUGUGUUGAAUGUGGUAAGGCUUUCCGUCAAAAAGGACAGCUUAAUGAACACCAGAAAAUUCACACUGGUGAGAAACCUUAUCAGUGUAAUGACUGUGGGAAGGCCUUCUGCAGGCGUUCAAAUCUCACUGAACAUCAGAGAAUUCACACUGGUGAGAAACCUUAUGAAUGUAAUGACUGUGGCAGGGCCUUCUGCCUAAGCACAACUCUCACUGAGCACCGGAGAAUUCACACUGGUGAGAAACCUCAUGGAUGUAUUGAAUGUGGGAAAGCUUUCCGCCUGAAAGCACAGCUGAAUCAGCAUCGCAGAAUUCACACUGGAGAGAAACCAUAUAAGUGUAAUCAGUGCGGGAAGGCCUUUUGUAGGCGCUCUAACCUUACUGAGCAUCAGAAAAUUCAUACUGGAGAGAAACCGUAUGAAUGUUUUGAAUGUGGGAAAGCCUUUAGCCAGAAAGUAAAACUUAUUCAACAUCAGACCAUUCAUACUGGUGAGAAACCUUAUGAAUGUAAUGCGUGUGAGAAAUCAUUCCGUCUGAGUACAGCACUUAAUGAACACCAGAGAAUUCACACUGGAGAGAAACCUUAUGAAUGUAGUGAAUGUGGGAAGGCCUUCCGCCUAAAAGCACAGCUUAAUCAACAUCGAAGAAUUCAUACUGGAGAGAAGCCUUAUGAAUGCGACAAAUGUGGGAAGGCCUUCUGUUGGGGCACACAGCUAAUAGAACAUAAAAGAAUUCAUUCUGGAGUAAAGCCCUAUGAAUGCAACAAAUGUGGAAUGUCAUUUCACCUGAGAAGAGAGCAUACUCAACAUCAGAGAAUUCAUUCUACAAAGAAAAUAUAUGGAUACAGUGGCUGAGGAAAGGUUUUGUUCCUGAGCAAGCACUGUACUCAUCAGUUCAUACUAAUCAGAAACUUAUAUAUUCUAUGAAUAUGGAAAGCUUUUAAACCAGACCAGAAAACUUACUCAACAUCCAAUGAAUAUCACAAACCAGUGAAAUGCUGAAGCUAGUUAUUAGUCUUUACUAAAAAUUAGAGAGCUGAAGCUUAGGGAAACCCUUUCUCAGUGUAGCUAUUCCUUCUCAAAUCUGCAAUGCCAAACUUAUUCCAUAUAACUUACACUCUUCAUUUAUUGGGAAAAUUGGGGACAAUUUCAUAGAUGCUCUUUCAACUUGCUUAAUUAACCAUCUGAGGGCUAUUAACCAUCCACACUCAUUACUGCCACAAAGGGAAGAAAAAUCCUUCCUCUUCUUUAAGACUGUUUUCUUAAUCCCAUUACUCUUCUUGCUAAUUCCAAAAUAUUCCAAUGAUGCAUCUUUACUCUAUUCUUCCAAAUCAAGAAGUUCACAGCAGUCUAUGGUUAAACUAUCCAGUUAAAGAAAUGCUGAUUUUUAAAAAUUACAACUAUACAUAACUCACUGUGUUCAUAUAUAUAGACAAAAACUUUUAUUUUAAAGUCCUGCUUUUCCCAGAGCUUAUUUUUGAAAAUAGGGGACAUUUCAUUGAAUUAGCAUACCAUGUGAAGGUGGAUAGAGUAGUCUUAACUAAGGAGAUUCCGAAAAGGUGCCAAUAACAGGUGACUGUGGAGUUGAACUUGAAUGAAGAUAAAUGAGUUUGAAAAGAUGAAGGGGAAAAUGCAUUUCAGGAUGGAUAGAUUUAUUUUGCUUCACUGGGCUUGACGGAAGGGAGGGUUCUGUGGUGGGGGAAUUCUUUGAUGGUAGACAGUCACAAUAGAAAUACAAAUUACACAUGGCAAUAGAACAUUUUAAAGGAUUUUUCCUUUUUGUUAUGAUGUACCUGUCAAACAUCAAAACAACAUGAACAUUUAUUUAUUUAGAUCAGAGAUUUUUAACAUUUUUGGUAUUAUAGAUUCCUUUGGCAGCCUAGUUAAUUCCAUGAAUCUCAGGAUUUUUUUUUUUUUGGGGGGGGGGGGAUUAUCCAUAAUGGAAAGAAAUGUUAAAGUAUGGAAGUUGUAAAAACAAAAUACAGAUGUAAUUUCCCUAAAA